GCAAAUGCGCAUGCCAGUGAUGCUGGUAUGCGGUGACGACAUUUUUCCCGAGAGGGCCGAGGGAGGAAGUUUGUGUGUGUCAUGGUGUGUGUGUGCAUGUCCGUCCACUGUUGUUUAUAAGCUGUUAACUGCAAACUUUUAUGCAUUUAAACGAAAUGUCAUUGUAACUGCAGCCUGCUCAAUGAGCGAGAAAUGUCCAAACCCCUGAAGAACUUGCAUCACCUUCAAAACGGCAGUAUUUUAGAAGUAAAAAGCAAGUUUGAUGCAGAGUUCCGGCGGUUUUCGCUGGACAAAGCUGAGCUGUCGAGGUAUGAGGAGUUCUGCCGGCUUAUCGAGCGGUUCCACAACAUUGGCGAGGUUGCCUUCACACUGUGUUACACGGACCCCAUUCACGGGGACCUGCUGCCUAUCAACAAUGACGAGAACUUCGCCCGGGCUGUUCAGUCGGCACGACCCCUGCUCCGGCUGCUUGUGCAGAGAAAAGGGGACAGCCGGGAGGAGUUGAACGGCUAUGGCGCCCAGGGGGGCGGACGCAAGAAGCGCUUUCUGGGCCAGUACCUGUUGCCGUCGGGAGUGCGGUCGGCCAAGCCGGUGCUGUCUAUCUCUCUGCCCGAGGACUUUCGGCAGGUGUCGUCCAUCAUCGAUGUAGACGUGGUGCCGGACACGUGCCGUCGGGUCCGCCUGGUGAAGCACGGCUCAGACAAGCCGCUGGGCUUCUACAUUCGCGACGGCACGAGUGUGCGCGUGACGCCCCACGGCCUCGACCGGGUGCCCGGCAUCUUCAUCUCACGCCUGGUACCGGGGGGCCUGGCGGAGGGCACGGGCUUGCUUGCUGUCAACGACGAGGUCCUCGAGGUGAAUGGCAUCGAGGUGGUGGGCAAGACCCUCGACCAGGUGACCGACAUGAUGGUGGCCAACUCUUCCAACCUUAUAAUCACGAUCCGGCCAGCAAAUCAGUGCAGUGUGGGGACUCUGCCUCGGCGGGGCUCCUUCGGUCGCUCUUCACAGAUGUCUCACGGCUCACACAACUCGAAUCCGUCCGUAGUCUCUGACGACGACCGCCUCGACGAAGACGAGAUCAGGGACCACACGGCGGGUUUCGAGGGGCUCGACGAAACGCCGCCGCAUAGUGCACACGACGGCGUCAUCACCCUUUGACUCGGCGCCCCCAGCGAGGGUGGCCGUAUGGACGUAGCUCUAUUUUCCCAGGGAUCGCUUCCCCCAGGCCUUGCCUCCGACUAGGGGGUCCCGCCUGUUCCGUUCCAGGGCAUUGGCUCGAGCUUCACCUUGACGAGUCCCACUCUGUCCGAUGGCAGAGCCGGACGGCGGUGGAGGGGGCAAAUAACCAAAUUGCAUGCUGUCGACGUGCCCCAGACUACCCUUGCACGACGUGCACCCAUCCAAGGGAGAACCGGACGUCCAGUUGCACGAGUUUAAUUAGUUUCCGUCGAGACGUGUUUUUUUUUUGUAACUUGUCGACUGUUUUAGGGAAAGAUAUAUUAUAUACAUAUGUAUACAUGUAUACCAUCUAUUUUUAUACAUUCGACAGGCCCUUGCCAGGGUGUGUUGUGUGCGUGCAACAAUGCAAAUUGUUUCUUCUGGCCUUUUUUUUUUUUUUAAUUGAUGCCGACUGUUACUCAUUUUUGUAUAUGAUUUUGUUCAUAGGUGACACGACAGCUUGUUGCUGCACUGACUUUUUUAACUGUAAGGCCUUGAUUUCAAAAAUGGAGGGUGCAAUUUGUCUGCACUCUCGGACGUGAUUUGCAAGGGGUCAAUGACAUCUACAUUCCGUGCUUGUGUUGUAUGGUGCUUUUGUUACCAUUUUUUACACUUCCCUUUCCCCACGGGCUGUUGGCAGCCUACACCACAAACCAUUUCUCAUUCAGAGCUCAAGUGCCUUUCUGUAAGGAGACUGGACGAGCUUAACUCUUCCACACGCGUUGACUCCCGAAGGCUGGCCUUCGUGAUUGUGAUUGCACAACUUUUAUAAGGACAACCAUCACCUGUCUAUGACUUACACCUGACAUUCCUUUCUUAAAAAUGCAAGUGUUUGUAAAAUUGAUCUGGAGGUAAUAAAGUUUUCUUACGCCAA